AUGCUGUACGGUACAACACUACGCCUUCCAGGCGAAUACUUCAUCGACGAAGAAAAGGGGCCUCAAGCACAAUGUUUUGUGGAGAAUUUUCGCGAAUUCAUGCGUACGGUACGCUCUGCACCUACCGCUCAUCAUACGAAAUCGCGUGCAUUCACACAUAGGACUCUUAGUACAUCAACACAUGUUUUCAUUAGAGUGGACGAAAUGAAGAAACCACUUGAACCACCAUAUAGGGGCCCAUACGAAGUCCUCGAACGAAUCAGCGACCUCGUUUUUCGGGUCAACGUGGAGGGACGUUCGACUACAAUCUCCACCGAGCGACUCAAACCCGCGUUCAUUGAAAAUACGACAGAAUCUCCGCCAACUAAACAAAACAACGAAAGCAAUGCAUCACCAGCGCCAACAACCAGCAGUAAUCGAUUGCCACGUAAUCCUCGAACACAUAAGCGGAAACAGCGAAAUCAGUAG